GAUAUCACUGGUCCAACAGGCGAACCAGCCAAGAUCGUUUAUGAGUCGGUCAAUGAUCGAUGGGAAGUGGCGCUCACUGUUUCGGACAAAGGAUUUCAACAAAUUUCUUUUGUUAACAGUAUUGCCACCAUGAAGGGAGGUCGCCACGUCGAUUAUGUGGCUGAUCAAAUGGUGGCUAAGUUGAUCGAUGUUAUCAAGAAGAAAGCAAAAUCAUUCGGGUCGAAAUGCGAGCUCAGCGAGAAGUUCACAAAGCAGGCUAUCAACUGCGGUAUUGUAGACGCUGUGCUUGCUUGGGUGAGAUUUAAGCAGCAAGAAGAUAUGAACAAGAAAUGCAGUGGAAAGAAAACCACUAAGCUGAAGGGAAUUCCAAAACUUGAAGAUGCCAACGAUGCUGGCACGAAAAACUCUCAACUGUGUACGCUGAUCCUUACUGAGGGAGAUUCAGCCAAGACUUUGGCUGUCUCUGGUCUCGGUGUGGUUGGCCGUGAC